AUGGUAUCAAGGAGUGUUUCCAAUGACUUGUUAUAUAGUCUUCUCAAAGAAGUCAUCGAGGCCGUCAAGCACUCAGGACGAAUGGGACUGGGGUACACUACAGCUGGUACAGGGAUCACUAGUUCAGCACCCGAUUCACUGACAUGCCACGGAUAA